CAAGUGCAGAGAUCACUCAGAAGCCUUUCUUUUUCGAGUAACCACUUCUAGCUGCCAAGAUGACUAAGGGUACCCAGAGUUUUGGAAUGCGCCACAACAAGACGCACACCUUGUGUGUGCGUUGUGGUCGCCGUUCGUACCACAUCCAGAAGCACACCUGCAGUGCUUGUGCCUACCCUGCUGCUCGCAAGCGUGGGUACAACUGGGGACAGAAGGCCCUCCGUCGCAAGACGACAGGUACAGGCCGUAUGGCCCAUCUGAAGAAUGUCCACCGCCGUUUCCGCAACGGUUUCCGUGAGGGACAAGAGGCUAAGUCCAAGAAGGCCGUAGCCGCCGCUAAGAACUAAGCAAAGUCUUCUAACCUGAUGUAAUAUAGACGGAUUCUGAGACAGGCUUAUCACCGGUCGAGUAAAUAUAAAGUGUUUGCCUCUGGGUAAAGCGUGGUUGCACACUUAAGGGAGUUUAUUUCUUUACUUUCGAACAAUAUAUUACACUAUGUGUAUAUAUAUUUAUAAAUAUACUGUGCAUAAUACCAGCUGAGUAAGCGGAAAGAAAUUAUAAGCCUA